AUGCCCAGCACGCUGAAGCGCCCCUCCCUUGGCCGCCUGCUCGCCUCCCUCCGCCCGCCGCCGUCCCGCGCGGGCUCGCCGUCGAACUUCCCAGUCCAGACCGGCUUCCCCACAUCCCUCGCCGACCUCGUCGUCAAGAACCAUGGCCGCCUCAGGAAGCCCCGGAAGCAGCGCCGACCCACCGCCGCUCUAGUGCCGCCUCCGUCUCCGCCUCCAGUGGCGCUCACGGUGGCUGCCGAAGACCUUCCUCUGUCGCCGCCGCCCCAGCCUCUCUCGCCGGUAGCGGUUCAGCGGCUGGAGGCGACGCCCCGGGCGCCGGAAGGCGGCGCCGUUUUCCGCCUCCGCCCCGAGCUCCUCGCGCUCGGCGGGCCGUUGGCGCUCGCGCUCCUCGUAGUGUGGAGCGAGGGGACGGUCGCGGCGUUCACCGUCGCCGCGCUGUCGCUGCUCUGGAUCGAGUCCGCUUCCCGCCGGCGCCGGCGGCUGCCAACAGCGGAGGCCGACGCGAUGUUGGAUUCGUGCGGCCGCGGCGCCGCCUCCCCGAUUCGGGAGGUGGAGGAAGCGUCCAGGUCUAGCUGCUCCGAUUCCGACAAGGGGGGCGACGCCGCCGAAAGGAGCGCGCUUGUGGCCGGCAGCGGCGACGAUUCGACCACCCCGAAGCGCAAGGGGAAGAGGUCGCUGAGGAAACUGAUCUCCAAGAAGCUGCAGAAGAAGCCGAAGUCCAAGGAUUCGCCGAUCUCUUACAACGGCGAGGCAGAGCAGCCGGACGCUGCCGCCGGCGACGACAUCGAGCCAGCAACGCCGGAGACUCCAGCCCCUUCCAGCGAGCAGACGCCGUCAGAAUCAAGCAUAGAAUGGUCGUCGUCGUCGUCAGAAGCAGCGGUGGCUGUGGUGGAUGGACGAGGGGCCGGCAGAUUCCCCCUCGCGGCGUUCGUCCCGGUGAUCCUGACAGGCCUCGCCGUCGGGAAGCUCCCGGCGACGGCGCUUUCCGUGCUCUGCAUAGUGUUCUCCAGUGCCGUCCAGCGACUGAAGUAG